AUGCUUUGCUUUCUUCACCAGUCAAUCACUCACUCUUCAUCAAUCCAUUGCUUCUCCUCUCUUCGACCGUUUCGUUCAAUGCUUGCUGCCCCACCACAACCCAUUGCUUUUCCGUUCAGAUUCUCUUCCCAUUUAAACCCCCUCAAUUCUUCCAAAUUCGUUUUCACUCCCAGUUUCACAAUGUUGAGGUGAACAAGUAGCAGUAGUAAUUGCAGAGAGAAAAGAGAGAUCUGGGGUUUGGGUUUAGGUUUUUGAGAAAUGGGUUUCUUCAGCACCAUUUUAGGGUUUUUCGGAUUCGGAGUUGGAAUCUCCAUUGGUCUUAUCGCUGGCUAUUUUCUCUUCAUCUACUUCCAACCCACCGAUGUUGAGGAUCCGAAAAUCAAGCCACUGGCGGAGCAAGACGCGGAGACGCUGCUACGAAUGCUCCCUGAGAUUCCGCUUUGGAUUAAGAAUCCAGAUUUUGAUCGACUUGACUGGCUGAACAAGUUUGUGGAAUAUAUGUGGCCUUAUCUUGACAAGGCAAUUUGUAAGACUGCCAAGAACAUUGCAAAACCCAUAAUUGCUGAGCAGAUUCCUAAAUAUAAAAUUGAUUCUGUUGAGUUUGAGACGCUCACUUUGGGAUCCCUGCCGCCAACUUUUCAAGGAAUGAAAAUUUAUAUGACUGAUGAGAAGGAGCUAAUUAUGGAGCCUUCUGUAAAAUGGGCGGGAAAUCCUAAUAUCACUGUUGCUGUUAAGGCAUUUGGGUUGAAAGCAACCGUUCAGAUCAUGGAUUUGCAAGUUUUCCUUUUGCCCCGCAUUACUUUGAAGCCUUUGGUUCCUAGCUUUCCUUGCUUUGCCAACAUCAAUGUCUCUCUCAUGGAAAAGCCACAUGUUGACUUUGGACUAAAGCUUGUAGGGGCUGAUCUUAUGUCUAUUCCUGGCGCCUACAGGAUUGUUCAGGACCUCAUCAAAGAUCAGGUUGCAAACAUGUAUCUAUGGCCCAAAACCCUGGAAGUUCAAGUAUUGGAUCCAGUAAAAGCUAUGAGGAGGCCUGUUGGAAUUUUACAUGUAAAGGUUGUGCAAGCGAUGAAGUUAAAGAAGAAAGAUCUUCUUGGUGCAUCUGACCCUUAUGUGAAGCUGAAGCUUACUGAGGAUAAGUUGCCAUCGAAAAAGACUACUGUAAAGCACAAGAACUUAAAUCCAGAAUGGAAUGAAGAAUUUAAUAUGGUAGUCAAAGAUCCAGAGUCCCAGGUUUUACAGAUUAAUGUUUAUGACUGGGAGCAGGUUGGGAAGCAUGACAAGAUGGGUAUGAAUGUGAUCCCUUUAAAAGAAGUUUCCCCUGAAGAGCCUAAACGUGUUACUCUUGACCUCCGAAAAACUUUGGAUCCCAAUGAUGUUCAAAAUGAGAAGUCACGAGGGCAGAUUGUUGUGGAAUUGACUUAUAAACCUUUCAAGGAGGAGGAGCUGGGCAGGGGAUUUGAUGAGACACAGACAGUGCCGAAAGCACCAGAAGGUACUCCAGCUGGUGGAGGUCAGCUUGUAAUAAUAGUCCAUGAAGCACAAGAUGUUGAAGGGAAGUACCACACUAAUCCACAUGUCCGUCUUAUUUACAGAGGAGAUGAGAAAAAGUCUAAGCGCAUAAAAAAGAACAGGGAUCCAAGAUGGGAAGAGGAGUUCAAAUUUAUGGCGGAGGAGCCUCCCACCAAUGACAGAUUACAUGUGGAGGUUGUCAGCACUUCAUCACGAAACCUGCUCCAUCAGAAGGAAUCAUUGGGUUAUGUCGACAUCAAUCUUGGGGAUGUUGUUUCUAACAAAAGGAUCAAUGAGAAGUACCAUCUUAUAGACUCCAAGAAUGGUCGCAUUCAGAUAGAGUUGCAGUGGAGAACUUCUUCAUAGGCAUGGUGGCGAAAUUCUCCAUAGAUCUGUACUUCUGUUUCCCCAUUUUUUUUUCUUUCUUACUCUUCUUUUAAAACUGAGUCUUUCAUGCCAGUGUAAGGAAACUGUGAGAGGGCAUUACUUGUGUUCUUCUCGUGAGGUAGAUUGGUUUUAUUUGUUAAUCAUGUACAUGCUUGUGAUAAAAAAGGAUUGAAAUAAGAAAGUCAUAGAUAUGAAUUAUGAUAUGAUUUGGUUUGAACAUAUACAUUUUAUGAGAUCAUUAAAUGUGACCAUUGCGAUA